AUGACACUUCAGUCACCCCAAGAUAAGCGGGGUGCUUCUACUGAAGAUGUAAUUGGACCUGCAGAUGGGCCUAUGAAGAAACCGGAAGAGAAGAAAACUGAGGAUACCGCUGAAGCCGAGGAGGUUGAGGAAGCCACACCGAUUGAGUUAUUCUACGAUUUAUUCUUUGUUGCAAAUCUAACAACCGUAACAUCAGUGCACUAUAUCACUGAAUCCAAAACGCUUUCUUCCUAUAUUCUAUACUUUAUCAUCUUAUGGUUUACCUGGCUCCAUGUUACACUUCUGGAUGUGAGAUUUUCCGUUGACUCGGUUUACGAGAGGAUAUGCAAAGCCCUUCACUUUGCGGUAAUGGGUGCAUUUGCGUCAGUCUCAACAACAUGGGAUCCAUUCAGUCCGGACGACGAUAUUACCAUCACCGCUUUGAGGACGAUGACCCUCACUCUUAUGUUCUCAAGAUUUAUUCUGAGUAUCCAGUAUUUUGUUGUCAUGUAUUUCGGGAGGUCAAAACCGAGAACUAUCGUUCCGCUUGCUAUUCAUGGCACGGUCAUGAUUAUUUCAGCUUCUGUCUAUCUCGGUGUAAGAUAUAAUCCCCCCAUAGUGCCGCGUACUGAGAGACUUCAGAAGAAGCGGAUCAAAAAUGAGCUCGGUUUAGACCCAAAUUUGAGCUUGCCUAUUGAUCUUGUGCCUUUAAGUCCUCACAUCCUUAAGUCCGCCAGGCGCUGA